AAAAGAUGCAAACAAACACAAGAAGAAGCCCAAGCAGCCUACAGAGAAAAACAACAACGAGAUCUCAUCAGUUGGAGAACAAACAGGGUGCAUUCUUUUAAUGACACCUAGAGAUUCUGGUGUUUUAUCACGUGACAUGCAUGCUCAUAAAAUUGUUGAAGUUGGCCCAUUAAAAGAGGAAGAAGCAAGGGAACUUUUUGAGGAGAUCGGAGGUGAACAAGCUACCAAUCUUAUUUUACAGCGUACUGCAGAGAACAAUGAGAAGAUAGAAGGUGAGCAACCUAUUAAAGAGCUCGUCGAUGACUGCAAGCAAUUGCCCAUCGCUAUUGCAACACUAGCAAGUACCUUGGAAAAUAAGAAUCAAAUACAGAGGAGGACUACCAUAAAAAAGCUUCAUUCUCAUCAAAGGCUCUCCAAGACUGAGGUAAACUUGAGUGUGAUGUCGCCAAGCCUUUGUUCAGCUAUCAAGUUAAGAUAUGGUGAUUUGGAAAGCAAGCAACUCAAACAAACUUUAUUGCUUUGUAGUCUAAUGGGUCAAAAUGCAGGCAUUCAAGAUUUGUUAAAAUAUGGCAUAGGCUUGGGAUUAUUCCCAAAAGCCAACUCUAUCGAGGCAGCAAGAGAUGAAGCACUGAAAUUGAUGAAAGAAUUGAGGAGAAACCCUUCUUUGUUGCAAGAAGGUGGGGACAAUAUGCAUUUUGAUAUUCAUGAUUCAAUUCAAACGGUUGCCAUAUCAAUUGCUUCUCGGGAACAUGGCCUGUUAGAUUUGAGGGAGGAUGCUGCUGAGGACAUGUUUGACAAGGAGGCAAUGAAAGAGUGCAAAUGGAUUUAUUUAUCAAAUGUUGAUGCUAGAGUUGCUGGUCACCUUCCGCAGAGGUUGAAAUGUCCACAGCUCACUUUCUUUCACUUAGAUAACAAAUAUCCUGAUUUGAAAAUUCCAGACGAAUUUUUCUGGGAAGCAGAUGUACUCAGAGUCUUGGGUUUGACUAAAAUGCAUUUUUCGUCAAUUCCUUCAUCAUUUUCACUCUUAAAAAACCUUCAUACCUUGUGUCUGGAUCAAAGUAAGUUGGGUACAAUCCUAGUCUCUGUCAUGAGAAACUUGAAGAAUUUGCAAGUCCUCAGUCUUGUGGGAUGUGACAUUGAAGAGCUGCCUCAGGAAACAGUGCAACUGGCUAAGCUGAAGUUGCUGGAUUUGAGUGACUGUACUAAACUUGAAGUCAUUCCACCAGGUAUCUUAAAAAGUUUGUCACAAUUAGAAGAACUGUAUUUGGGAAACAGCUUUGACCAAUGGAAGCACAUCAAGAAGCAGGAUACAAGAAGAAAUGCCAGCCUUGAUGAGUUGACACAGUUGAAAAACCUAACCAAUUUAGAGGUACGCAUUCAUGAUAUCAAUAUGAUUCCAAAUGACUUUUUUUCUAUAGAAUUGAAACGAUACAAGAUUUUCAUAGGAGAUUUGUGGAAUCAUUGGGGCAGUUAUUUUGAAUACUCAAAAACAUUGAAGCUAAAGCAUGAUGGAAGCAUUAGAUCUGAUGAAGUUAUAAGGUUGCCAAACAAGGUAGAGGAGCUGCAUCUAGAGAGGUUGAAUGGUGUCAAGGAUGUAUUUAAUGGGUCAUUAGGUAUGCAUUUCUAAUCAUUGUAUUUCUAUUUUGAAGAGAGAAUCAAUGGAAAAAUCACCAAAGCAUGGUUUUCUUAUGUUUACUUUGAUCUUUAUGUGAGUUUAAUUGAUUUCGUAAUGAAGUUGCUGUUGAAUGCUUUUUGUUGGGGCGAUAUAGUGUUUGAUGUUCGGAAUUUUUGGAAAUUUGCUCCUUAGGAAGAAAUUUGCUGCAUGAUUUGUAUGAGCUAUGGAUUUUCCAAGUUUAGAACCAACCCAACAUUGAGUUUCCUAAUUUCGGAAUCCAGACUUUGUUGUUUUUAGUAUUCCUGAGUUUAUCCAUUGUGACCUCCAGAAUUGUGUGUCUGUUGGUGAAUGCACGUUUAAUCCCUUGAAUUUCUUGUUUGUACAUUCAUCUUUGUUCCCGUAUGGAACUCUUGGACCUUGGAAUGUGGAUUAAAAAAAAAAGAAGGAA